GCCGUGAUUCCGACACGGCCCGACAGCGCUGUCCUGCCCCGCGCCUCACGGGGCGACCCGGUGCCCGGGCCUGAGAGCGCCACAGCGGGCCCGGCCCCGGCCCCCGGAAUUACCGAGCAUGGCACUCCCUACAACAGUCAACUGAAGGAAAUGGUCUCCUGUUGUGGGAGUCUCCUGUGAGAAGUCGAUGACUUGGCAGAACUGUCACAUCAACAAGGACAAUGAAGUUAUUCUGCAUGUCUGUGUCUGUGGCCUCCUUUACUGGCUGAAGUCCUGCAUCAGCACUCCACAGAAAGCCUUGCCAAGGCAGUCUGCUCAUGAGGGGACACGUCUGCUCAUUUUACUCAAAAUUUUGAAGAAUUUUCACCAGAGCACUGCACAGUCUGAGGACGUUGCUGCAGAACGUUCAUCCGGUUUUUCAGCAAACUACAAGAGGCUUUGGAUAUAGAUGUCUUGUUUAUCCCCUUGGCCCAGAUCCUCAGAGAUACAACUUUCUGUGAUGGAAGAUGGAAGACAAAGGCGUUCGUGUUGCUGACUACUUUGUUGUAGCAGGAUUGACAGAUAUUUCAAAACCACUAGAAGAAGAAAUCCACUUCAAUGAUGCUUGCCAUAAAAUAGCUAAACCAAAAGAACCCAUCACUGAUGUGACAGUAAUUAUUAAAUCUCUGGGGGAGGAAGUGCCUCAGGGAUAUAAAUGCAUAGAUGUUACUCCAUCAGGACUAUCAGCAGAUCUCAAUAAUGGGAGUCUUGUGGGUCCACAGAUAUUCCUUUGCUACAGGAGAGGAAGGGACAAGCCUCCACUUACUGAUCUGGGGGUUUUAUAUGAUGGGAAAGAGAGAUUAAUACAGGGCUGUGAAAUCAUUCAGACCACUCCAUCUGGUCGUCCUGCAAACAUUAGUGGCAGUGCCUCAUCACAAAGAGUAUACAUCACUUACCGAAGAGCCUCUGAAAAUAUGACCCAAAACACCUUGGCUGUCACAGAUAUAUGUAUAAUUAUACCGAGUAAGGGAGAGAGCCCUCCACAUACAUUCUGCAAGGUUGACAAGAAUCUUAAUAACAGUAUGUGGGGCUCAGCAGUAUACCUAUGUUAUAAAAAGUCUGUGGCAAAAACCAAUACCAUAUCAUAUAAAGCUGGUUUAAUAUGCAGAUAUCCUGAAGAAGACUAUGAAUCAUUCCCAUUACCAGAAUCAGUGCCUCUUUUUUGUCUACCCAUGGGUGCAACUAUUGAGUGUUGGCCAUCUAAUAGUAAAUACCCCCUACCAGUUUUUUCUACAUUUGUACUAACUGGAGCUUCAGCUGAAAAGGUAUAUGGUGCUGCUAUUCAAUUCUACGAACCAUAUCUUGAGGAGAAUCUCACAGAAAAACAGAAAUCUCAGUUAGGGUUAGGAACUACUGGAAAUGGGAAGUCGGAUAACUCCAAAACAGUUCAGACUAACAAAUGCAUUUGUCUGCUCUCUCACUGGCCUUUUUUUGAUGCUUUCAAGAAGUUUCUUACCUUUCUUUAUCGUUAUUCCAUCUCUGGUCCUCAUGUCUUGCCUAUUGAGAAACAUAUUUCGCAUUUUAUGCACAAAGUUCCUUUUCCAUCCCCUCAGAGGCCAAGAAUUUUAGUUCAACUAUCACCACAUGAUAACCUGAUUCUUAGUCAGCCGGUGUCAUCACCUCUACCCCUGAGUGGUGGCAAGUUUUCUACACUGCUUCAGAACCUAGGGCCCGAGAAUGCAGUAACUCUACUUGUAUUUGCUGUAACAGAACAUAAAAUUCUCAUCCAUUCCUUACGACCGUCUGUCCUUACUAGUGUGACAGAGGCAUUAGUCUCAAUGAUAUUUCCUUUCCACUGGCCAUGCCCAUACAUUCCUCUUUGCCCCUUGGCACUGGCAGAUGUGUUAAGCGCACCAUGUCCAUUCAUAGUAGGAAUUGAUUCAAGAUACUUUGAUCUAUAUGAUCCCCCACCAGAUGUUAGCUGUGUUGACCUAGAUACCAACACCAUUUCUCAAACUGGAGAUAAGAAAACUAUUUCAUGGAAGAUCUUACCAAAGAAACCUUGCAAAAAUCUAAUGAACACUUUAAAUAACUUAUAUCAACAACUGGCAGAAUUGCAGCAAAGACCAAGAGAAGAUGCAUUAAUGGAAUUAACAAUGAAUGACUAUGAUUUUAAUUCGGGGAAGAAGUUGCAUUUGUUAGAUAUGGAGAUCCAGGAGGCAUUUCUUUGUUUCAUGGCUUCAUUAUUAAAAGGUUAUAGGUCGUACCUAAGGCCAAUAACACAGGCACCUUCUGAGACAGCAACAGAUGCAAGCUCCCUGUUUGAACUACAAGGGUUCUUAAAAAGUCGAGAUCGAUCACAUCAAAAAUUCUACACAUCAAUGACCAAAACGCAAAUGUUUAUUCGCUUCAUUGAAGAAUGUUCCUUUGUUAGUGAUAAGGAUGCAAGCCUUGCAUUUUUUGAUGAUUGUGUAAAUAAAGUAGAUAUGGACAAGAGUGGUGAAACACGGCUUAUAGAGCUGGAUGAGUCCUACAAGAGUGAACACACAGUUUUCAUAACGCCACCUGAGAUCCCUCACCUACCUAAUGGUGAAGAGCACCCUUUGCAGUACAGCUAUAAUGGAUUUCCUGUGCUGAAGCUAGAUUUGUUUGACCAACCUGAGGGGUUCCUGACUACACCAAAUAACAAACUGUUUUCAAAAGCCAGUAGUCCCAACAGCCCAUCCCCAAUGUUCAGGAGAACAAAACAGGAAAUAAAGUCAGCCCAUAAGAUAGCUAAGAGGUACUCCUCCAUUCCUCAGAUGUGGUCCAGGUGUUUGCUGCGUCACUGCUAUGGCCUAUGGUUUAUCUGCCUUCCUGCAUAUGUGAAAGUGUGCCAUUCAAAAGUCAGGGCUCUGAGAACUGCAUAUGACGUGCUGCGAAAAAUGCAUACCAAAAAGAUAGAUCCCCCUGAUGAGGUAUGUUACCGGGUGAUUAUGCAGCUUUGUGGGCAAUAUGGCCAGCCUGUGCUUGCAGUGAGAGUCCUUUUUGAAAUGAAAAAAGCCGGUGUUGACCCUAAUGCUAUUACAUAUGGUUACUAUAAUAAGGCUGGUUUUGGGAAAGACCGUGGCCUUCAAGAUAAAGAAAGAAAACGACUACUGCCAACACACCACAAGCACUCUUCCGGGGGACUUUCAGAUCUUGGGAGUAACUUGUUAUCUAAAGAAGAAUUUAGGCAAGGGGAAACGUCUGUUCAAGAUAUAAAAAAACAAAAAGAGGACAAGAGAGAGAGUGAUUCCAGUUCUUUAUCUGAAACAGAGAGCGCAAAAGGAAGUGGUGACUGUCUUCCCAAGCUAAAUUAUCAAAAUUCAAGUAGUACUUCAAUUCAAGUAGCAAAAGCCACUUCUAACAUAGUACGACUCAAUGGUACCAUUGAUAAUGCUGACAGUACAGCUGGGAAAGUUAGCACGGAAAGCCCAGCAGGGCUGCUGUUCACAUCCGCUUUUGAGGGUACCAAUGAAGCAGGAGUUAUUCAAAGUAAAACCUUAAGGAAGAGACAUAAAAGUGCUGUGGAACCUGACCUAAAACAGAUGGCAUGGGGAAGCAGGAACCGUAAUCUGAGUGGAGAUGCCCUGAUGGGGUUCAUGAUAAAUAGAAUUAACCAGAAUGCAAGCCGUGGAGACAUUGUGGAAAAAUUAGGAGCUGAUGCAAAAAUACUAUCUAAUGUAUUCCAGAAGAGCAUAAGGCCAAAUAGUCUUGACAUCAGGAAGUCAUCUUUAGGGUUUGAGAGAGAGAGUAUGGAGAAGGAAUCUAGCGAUGAAGAUGCACCUUUCUAUGGCAGUUUUGCAGAUAAAACAGAAUCUCCUGUUAUCUUUGAUUUAGAAGACUUAGAUGCUGAACCUGACACAGCCAAAAUAGUAAAGUCAUCUAAUGAAAAACCUAAGAUGUUACAGCGUAAUAGCAGCUUUCUAAUAAAACCAGUUGAAAAAACAGAUGUGGAAACUGGAUUUGAUCCCCUCUCGCUGCUGGUUGCUGAGACAGAGCAACAGAAAGAUGAUGAUGAUGAUGAUGACGAUGAUGAUGACAAAAGUGUUUCAACGCCAUCUGCAAGACGGGAUUUAGCGGAAGAAAUAGUGAUGUACAUGAACAACAUGAGCAGCCCUUUGACAAGCCGUGCGCCAAGCAUUGACUUGCAAAAAACAUACGAUGACAAAAAUGUUAGUAAAAAGAGUCCAACACUCACCAAGCCAUGCAGAAGAUCCAGCCUUCCCCCAAAUUCUCCCAGGCCAAUGCGUCUUAUCAAAUCCAAAAGUUACCACAUAAAAAAUGAAGAAAGGCCAAGGGACAGGCUUUGGUCCUCUCCAUCUUACAGUCCAGCAAGGGAUCAGUCACAGGACAUGGCAGGUGCAUUAACUCUAGUGUCUCCACCUUCGUUCAACUUAGAUACACUAUUAACACCUACAUUUGAUGUUCUGAAAAGCAGCAUGUUUUCUGCUGGGAAAGGUGUUGCAGAGAAGGCUAGCAAGUGGUAUUCAAAGUUUACUACAUAUGCUGCAUCCUCAAAGGAUCAAAAUUCAGACCGAGCAAGUGUUUCAUCUCUUGGAAUUCUGGAUUCAGAAUCAACGUCUCUAACUGAUGAAGAUGUCUGCAAUGACUUUGAAGGUACUACUUCUCCUCAAGAGAACAAUGACAUCUCGGUAAUUAAGGAAAUUGGUCUAAGCAGGACAAGCCUAGAAAGUUCAGCUUCUCAUGAUGGCUCAUCCAAGCAAUUCUAUCACUGUGGUUCCCUUUCAAAGUUUCCCUUGCCUGACAAAUCAGAAUUGAUGUCUUCUUGCAGCACAAGUAGCACCAGUGUGUUUCAGAACUAUGCUAUGGAGGUACUCAUCUCAAGCUGUUCGCGAUGUCGAACUUGUGACUGUCUGGUUCAUGAUGAAGAAAUCAUGGCAGGAUGGACUGCAGAUGAUUCAAAUCUCAAUACCACAUGUCCCUUCUGUGGCAACCUAUUCCUGCCCUUUUUGAAUAUUGAAAUCCGAGAUCUGCGGCGACCUGGGCGGUACUUUCUGAAGUCCAGUCCAUCUACAGAGAAUAUGCAGCUUCCCUCACCUUUUUCAAAUCAGACAGGAAAAUCCUGUAUCUCUACUCCCACAUCAUGUCUUGCUACAUCUGUAAUGCCUGUUCAAGAUUUUAAUUCAAAAUGCAAAUCUAAGCAGCAGGACAACUCUUGUGCCACAAGUAUCCAAAUCCCUUCAGGAAGAAGACAAAAUAUUGCUGGGUCAGAGUGUCCCAGUCAUGCUGUAGCAAGAAGUGUCAGUACUUACGGUCCACUGGAAGAGGAUGAGAAGGGAAGCCGGAAGCUCAGCCAUAUUGUUCCCACUGGCAGCCUGCCCACCACUUUGCAAGGAACAACAGAUUCUUUGGGACUGGAAUGGUGUUUAUGUAGUCCUGACCCCAUCACUGUUCCUUACCUAAGUCCUCUAGUGGUAUGGAAAGAGCUUGAAAGCUUGCUUGAAAAUGAAGGGGAUCAUGUGAUAACAGUGGCAGAUUUUGUAGACCAUCAUCCUAUCGUGUUUUGGAAUCUGGUGUGGUAUUUCAGGCGUCUGGACUUGCCCAGUAACUUACCAGGACUAAUACUUUCUUCUGAGCACUGUAAUAAAAAUUCAAAGAUUCCACGAAACUGUAUGUCAGAGGACAGUAAAUAUGUUCUCAUUCAGAUGCUAUGGGACAAUAUGAAGUUGCAUCAGGAUCCAGGACAGCCCCUAUAUAUUCUGUGGAAUGCACAGACCCAAAAGUAUCCAGUGGUCCAUUUAUUGCAGAAAGAUGAUGACUCCUUUAACCAGGAGCUCUUGAGAAGCAUGGUGAAAAGUAUUAAGAUGAAUGAUGUCUAUGGACCAAUGAGUCAAAUCUUAGAGCGAUUGAACAAAUGGCCACAGAUUAAAAGACAGAGGAGCCUCUAUAGAGAAAUAUUAUUUCUUUCACUUGUUGCUCUAGGAAGAGAGAACAUUGAUAUAGAUGCUUUUGACAAAGAGUACAAAAUGGCCUAUGAUCGUCUCACAGCUAAUCAGGUCAAGAGCACUCACAACUGCGAUAGACCGCCAAGUACUGGAGUGAUGGAAUGCCGAAAGAUUUUUGGAGAACCAUAUCUUUAAUGUAGAUGUACUGUAAUGAAUUGUAUACAUGCGUAAAGUCACAAAGAACAUCUCUGUCUUCAGUGUUUGAAAACAUAUUUACAAAUGUAUUGUGGCAGAAGACUGGAAAAAAUUGGGCCUAUGUACAGUUACAGAAAUGGACAAUGAACAAAGAAGGGGCCAAAUACUACUUUCCUCUCCUUGCUUCUCUCUGCAAAUCAUUUUGUGGAGCAGGGGACCCUAAACUAAAUCAGUUCUCUAACAAGGGACAACAUUUUACAGUCCUCUAAAGAAAACUUGGGAGAGGCAGACAAAAAUGAUGCACUGAAACUAGCAAGAGUGAAGUAAAUUCUGCAAAUCUGUUUACAUAGAAUAUUCAAAAUGUUAUGAAGCGCAUACAAAAUUGUAUUAUACAUAUUUUAAAUUGUUUAUAGUAAGUUGAUAGUUUUUUAAUUAAUUAGUCUAGUGAAUUUUAAUGAACUUAUUGCAUAAGCAAUACAGUGCUCAUUUCUUUUCUGCUAUUUAUAGUAACUGGUCCAAUUAGGUUUUGAAAAAAUAAUUUGUUUUUGAAGUGGUCUAUAAUUUCAGCACUGUCCUAGCUAACAUUCUGGGGCCAGUAUUUUUCUUGCACACACACAAUUAUGUACUGCCACUGCAAUCAGAUGAAAAGUAUGGCAAACGUAAAAAUAUGAUUAUUAACACUCUGACUCUAUAGUAUCUUUCUUUCUGAAGAAGUCCCCUACAAAAUUCUGUAAUACAUGGAAGGAUCCACAGUUUACUUUAAGGCGAUCCAACGCUUUUUAGAUGUUGGCAUUCACUAAUUUAUCUAUGGAUAUAUAUUACAAGAUGUAUAGCAAAUAGCUUACAAAAAUAGUUCCAUAUAAAAUGUAUAGUGUACAGUCCUGUAUAUGGAGGUGUAGGUAUGUUUGUAAAUGCCCUAAAUAUGGCACUUAAUUCAUUGUGGUCCAAAGUUACUCUUUAAAAAAAAAAAAAAAAAAAAAAAAGAGUGGUUAUGGGGGAGAUGCUACUUAAAAUAUAUAGGGAAUUUAAUGUAUGUAAUAAGGUAUAUUUGGAAUGGCUGAUCUUAUAUUUCACAGGCAACACAGUAACUUCGGCUCUGUAAAGAAAAUAGAGCUGCAUAACUCUCUACCUUGGAGUCAGGACUUUUCAGAAAAUGUUAUGCACUCAUUCACAGUAGCUACACACCAGAAAGUGGGUUUUAUGUAUAGUAUCAGAGGUUCUAUGUACAAGUUCUUUUUCCUACCACCUUGCAGCCUUGGAGGUGGAGAAGAUACUCUGUCUUUGAGAGACUUCUCCCAACCUUUCCAAUUUCCAAGAGCAAUCCUACUGUGAUAUUUACCUAGAUGGAAAAGAUAAAUAUACCUUGUUGUGGGAGUUUUCUGCAUAGCCCAGACACUCGCACCUGCCAUCUUGUCAAAGUUAAUGAGGGGCAGUGAGGGCUCCAUCCUGUUUCCACUGAAGUAAAUUGAAAAAUUCUAUUGACAUCAUUAUUAUUAUUGAAUGGAAAUGUGAUUAGACUUUUAGAGGGUUAUUUCAAAGCACCUACCAAUCCCUCUUCAAAAGAGUAAGGGAACACUCCCCUAAGCAGAAUGUUUUAAAAUGUCAAGAGCUGCAGUUUACUCUUAAUGUUACAUGCAAAAUACAUCUUGACCCACGUUCGGUCUCUCUGGAUAUAGCUUUCAUUGAAUAAUACCUCUUUUCUAAGAUGCUGCUAAUUGGGUAGCUAUUUUUUUCUUUAGGUGGAGAUAGUAACAUUACAUUUACCACCAGAGUUCACAUGCUUAAUUUUAAAAAAUUGUGAGGCUUUAUUUUGUAGUGCCCACAUUUUCUGAAAAGUAUUCCUCGCUGAUGAUGUAAAACUACCAUAUUAAUCAUCAGUUACAAUACAUGAUAAAUACGCUGCCAACAUGCUCAACUCAGUCAUCAAAACCAGCAUGUGGAAUACAUGGUCAUUACUUCUGAACUUACUCAUUGUAAGUACCUAGUAACAUGUAUGCUCUGCAUGCUCUGCUGUAGCUACAUUGUAUUUACCAAGUAAAAGUUACCUGCAAUGGUCACCAUGUAUGUAAAUAACUACCUUCAUAUUUGUGCUGUGUAUAAUACAGUGUUAUACCACUUUCUUUAAAUCCUAUUUCCUACUACAGUUACUACUACUUGAUGAUCGCCAUUCUGUGGUACCUAAUAGCCAUGAAGGAGAACAAGCUGUUUCUCCAGAGCUGUCACUGGUGUUACAGAGGUACUUGGAAAGCUAUGAGGCAGGCUUCAUGUUCUAGAUUGAGCAGUUAACCUGUACUGGCACAAGCAUCUGAGUCUGGUCUCCAAACCAAGUCUCAUUUGAUGACAUUACAUUGCAACUAUGCACUUGUGCUUGCACAGAAUAUCAACAUCUUUAAUACGUAGCCCAAUCCUUUAGCCCAGCUUGCUUAUGAGUACUUUCCCCCUACCACCUUAACUGUAGAAGACCAAACAAGUUUGCCAGCUUAUGCAGGUAUGAAAAGUCCUUUCAGUAUUAUAUUGAAAGCACAUAAUGUACCAUAAAAAUAUUGUAUAUGUCUCAUUAUUUCAGGCAAGCAAUUUUAGCGUGCCCUUGCCCUCUUAAGACUGCAUUUCUUAAAGGUUGCUGAUGUUCAGUUGUGCUUGCUUUACAUUAAUAUAUCAUGUUGUUUUUAUUUAUCAAAUGAAAUCAUUAUCCACUUAACUUUUUAAAUACUCCUUUCGCAAAACCUGGUGCAAGUCAGUCAACUGUAGAAACAUUGUAACAUAAGAAGGGCCAUAUUGGGUUAGACCAAUGGUCCAUCUAGCCAAGUAUGCUGUCUUCCGACAGUGGCCAAU